UUAAACGCGACAUGCCGGAUAUGUCUGUUUACUUUACCUGAAAUUCAUCAACCCUUACAUUAGAUACAUAUUUACAGUUUCACUAGUGCUUCUGCAAAUUGUGUUAUAUAUUUGUUUGGAAAUUUUUACGUUUCAUUGAGUUCAUUUAUGUAUUUUGCAAAUUCCGAUUUUUGGUUGGUUAGCCUAUUUCGAACACUGAUUACCCAGCUACCAUUGGAUUGCUUCUGCAACCGUUGUUCUGUCUGUAGGUUAGCUAGCUAGCUGGCUUCCUAGGGACCGAAAAUUGUAUUGUUACCGCGACAGAUAAGUUAGCGUCAGCUGACACCAGAAGUUCCAGACAUCUAAUAAACGGUGACUAGUCGUAGCAUAGGUGCAUUCGGACACCCGUACAGGACGGUAUGAGUUAUGGUUACGGUAAUAGGCGAGGCCGACGAGAGGGUCGAGGAUUUGGACAUGGAAACGAGGAUAGGUGGGACAGAGAAGCCGGGUCGAGCGGAGGGGGAUACCAGGGAAACUCGGGCUGGGAGUCCCGGGAGGAUCGGGGACGCGGUGGUGGCUCACGGGGUCGGCACCCGGGACACCUGAAAGGCCGAGAAAUCGGCCUGUGGUAUGCAAAGAGAGGAGGCAUAAAAAGGAAAGAAGAUGAGAGGAAAUCGAGAGCGGUAGUGCAGAUGGACGAGUCUAGAGAGGAGCACAUCACUAGACUGUUAAACACGGUCCAGAAAGAGCCUUGCGUUCCUGGAAGGGAUGCCCACCCCUCCACGUCUGAGAGCUGGCGCUCAGGGUCCAAGACAGGUGGACACAGCUACUUUGAUGGUGAAGAGCCACCUCCAGAGGUUCUCAAAAAGCCAAGUCCUGCAGAAGUGAAAGAGGCAGUGAAAGACAAAGACCUAGAGUAUCUGUUCCAGGACAUCACCAGAGAUUCCAGCCUAGACCAGGAGCUGAAGAGAGAUCUGCUUAAGAAAAGAGAAAACCCAAAGUACACAGAGAUGCUGAAUUUCCGGGAGAAACUUCCCUCGUACAAAAUGAAAGAGGAGCUGGUCCAGCUGCUCCGGGCCAACCAGGUUCUGGUGGUGAGCGGGGAGACGGGCUGCGGAAAGACCACGCAGGUGACCCAGUUCAUCCUGGACGACUACAUCGAGCGCGGCAUGGGCUCUGCGUGCAGGGUGGUGUGCACCCAGCCCCGCCGCAUCAGUGCCAUCUCCGUGGCAGAGAGGGUGUCUGCAGAGAGGGCUGAGGUGGUGGGGGAAGGGAACUCCUGUGGGUACCAGAUUCGGCUGCAGAGCCAGUUACCACGGAAACAAGGCUCGGUGCUGUAUUGUACGACGGGCAUCAUCCUUCAGUGGCUCCGCUCGGACCCACACCUGUCCAGCAUCAGUCACCUGGUCCUGGAUGAGAUUCACGAGAGGAACCUGCAGUCUGACGUCCUCAUCACCAUCGUCAAGGAUCUGAUCCGUCUCCGCGACGACCUCAAAGUCAUCCUCAUGAGUGCCACGCUCAACGCAGACAAGUUCUCCAAGUAUUUCGACAACUGUCCCAUGGUCCACAUCCCCGGCUUCACCUAUCCGGUGAAGGAAUACCUGCUGGAGGACGUGGUGGAGAUGCUCAGGUACCGGCCGCAGAGCCAGGACCGGAGGCCCCGGUGGAAGCGGCGCUUCAUGCAGGGGCAGAUGUCCCGGCCGGAGAAGGAGCAGAAGGAGGAGGAGUACAAGGAGAGCUGGCCCUGCUUUGCCCGUAUGCUGCGGAGCAGAUACUCAGACAGCACGGUCGAUGUGCUGGAGGCCAUGGACGAUGACGAUAAGAUCGACCUGGCGCUGAUUGUGGAGCUGAUCCGAUACAUCGUAUUGAACGACGACGAAGGGGCUAUUCUUGUCUUCCUGCCUGGCUGGGACAACAUCAGUGGGCUCAACGAUCUUCUCAUGGCCCAGCAGAUGUUCAAGUCAGAAAACUUUGUCAUCAUUCCGCUACACUCUUUGAUGCCCACUGUCAAUCAGACUCAGGUGUUCAAGAAGCCGCCUCCGGGCGUGCGCAAGAUAGUGAUCGCCACCAACAUCGCCGAGACCAGCAUCACCAUCGAUGAUGUGGUGUAUGUUAUUGACGGGGGAAAGAUCAAGGAGACGCACUUCGACACCCAGAACAACAUCAGCACCAUGACGGCCGAGUGGGUGAGCCUGGCCAACGCUAAGCAGAGGAGGGGCCGGGCGGGAAGGGUUUCCCCGGGGAAGUGCUACCACCUGUACAACAGCCUGCGCGCCAGCCUGCUGGACGCCUACCAGCUGCCUGAGAUCAUGCGCACGCCGCUGGAGGAGCUCUGCCUGCAGAUCAAGAUCCUGAAGCUGGGAGGGAUCGCCUCCUUCUUGCGCAAGGCCCUAGACCCGCCCUCAGAACAGGCAGUCCAGCUGGCCAUCACACACCUCAUGGAUCUGAACGCUUUGGACCGCAGCGAGGAGCUGACUCCCCUGGGGUUCCACCUGGCCCGCCUGCCCGUGGAGCCCCACAUUGGGAAGAUGAUCCUGUUUGGAGCUCUGCUGGGCUGCCUGGAGCCCGUACUGACCAUCGCUGCAAGCCUGAGCUUCAAAGACCCCUUCUUCAUACCACUGGGCAAGGAGAAGCUUGCAGACAUGAGGAGAAAAGUUUUGUCCAAAAACUCCAAGAGUGACCACCUGACCAUCGUUAAUGCCUUCUGGGGCUGGGAGGACGCUAAACGACGGGGCGGCAGAUUCGAAAGGGAAUUCUGCUGGGACAACUUCCUCUCAGCCAACACACUCCAGAUGCUGCACAACAUGAAGGGCCAGUUCGCUGAGCACCUUCUGGGCGCAGGCUUUGUCAGCAGCAAGAACCCCAAAGACCCCAGCUCCAACAUCAACUCCGAAAACGAGAAGCUGAUCAAAGCCGUUAUCGUCGCCGGGCUGUACCCCAAAGUAGCCAAGAUCCGCCCCAGCUUCAGCAAGAAGAGGCCCAUGGUGAAGGUUUACACUAAGUCAGACGGAAAGGUCAACAUCCACCCCAAGUCUGUGAAUGCUGAAGAGACAGAGUUUCACUACACCUGGCUCAUCUACCACCUGAAAAUGAAGACGAGCAGCAUCUUCCUGUACGACUGCACGGAGGUGUCGCCCUUCUCGCUGCUCUUCUUCGGCGGGGACAUCUCCAUCCAGAAGGACCAAGACCAGGAAACCAUCGCCGUGGACGAGUGGAUCGUCUUUCAGUCCCCCGCCCGGAUCGCACACCUCGUCAAGGAUCUGAAGAAGGAGCUCGAUUCUCUUCUCCAGGAGAGGAUUAAAAACCCUCAACCCGUGAACUGGAACGACACCAAGUCCAAGGACUGCGCCGUCAUCUCGGCCAUCAUCGACCUCAUCACCACCCAGGAGAGCCGCUCUGGCCAAGGCGCUGCCCCUAGAGGCGGAGACAGCUACUACGAUUAGCUGGGGCACGUGCACUGACCUUGGAUCAGUUUCAGCACUGCUGAAACCCCCCCCCCCACAGGGUUUUUUGAGGUGCUGAACAGAAAGCAGAUCAGCAAUGAUAGAGGCUUGACAAAAUGUUCAAACUGAUUUUUCAGUUUUUUUUCUUCUUUAUUUAACAAUGGAACGUUGCAAAAGGACUGCGCACGUUAAUGUUGAGGAUGAUUAUUUGUAUCUCUAAAAAACAAAUGCAAAAUACAAAAGUGAAAGUGUUAGACCUCACUGCUCGUAUAUUCUGUUAUUUGUGGAACUUUUGUUUUAUAUAGCUUCUUGUGCAUCCGGUGUACUGCAGUCUUGUUUGACCCCGUGUAAAAGCUACAUACGUGUGCAUUCAUGUUUUUUUACAUAUGAAGUGGCACAGGGGCUGCUGGGUGGCUUAUUCUUUUUAGAUAGCACGCUGUAGUGUAAGGAUGAACCCCACAGCCUGAUUGAAUCCAGACUGUGGCAGUGCCGUCUGUGGCCGAUAACUCCAUUGGGCGACGUGCAGUUGGCAAUCGCUGCCCUCCAGCACCCCCUGCUGGUGGAUCGGGCACUGCAUAUGAAUUUACUUCCUCCGAUUCCACUCCACGCGAGCGUAGCUGCUGUCAGUGUGUCAAGAGAAGCAACUGGGGACGCCACGUUACGUAGGAGAACCACGGACGUGUCCGUUCCAGAAUCGGCGGUGGGGUUGCGCUCGAAUGAGCCUGCGUUCGCAGAUAAUUGGACAAGUUCAGUCUGACGUUGCGUGCCAAGUUUUUAUGAUAAAAAAAAAAAAAGGAUGAGUGGCACAGUUGAGUCAUGUUGAAUUUCCCCCCCUCCCUUCACCCCUCACCCGUGCUAACCUAUUAAAGCUGGCUGAACGUCGAUUCAGACCGUCUUUCAUGGAAGCAGCUCCUGUUUGUACCUCUUAAAAAAAGAUAGUCACACCAAGGUCAGAACACAUUGUCAAAAUGAUAGUUUCAGUCUCUUUAAAUGCAAAAAAAAAAGUACUGGAAGCCUUUCCGUCAGUUCUGCAUCACAGCUAAAUGUCAUUUCAAGGUUUUGAGUCAGCAGAAAAUAAACUUUAUGUGCACCUUUAGGAAUUGAA